AUGCUCUCUACUCCCACCAACACCCCGAUGAGCAGUCGCGCCGCAGGGAAGGCCCGAGCCCCAGACGUGGGCAUUCGCGCCCGCAUCUCCGCGGCCCAGAAGGCCCAUGCUGGUGCGCACUUCGCGAGACCACAAAGGGGCAGCAGCACUGACGACGCCGCAGCUACCCAUUCCACACACAGCCGGCGGCUGUCCGCCACGCUGCUCGUCCCGCACUGCGUCGACCUGCGUCCCAACGAGAUCCGCGAGGCGCUCAACGCGAAGCAAAUGGCGUCUCUCACCAAGCCCGUGCGCAAGCCCCACGUCCGCGGUCGGCCCAACGAGCAAGAGCUGCACCACGGGAAUGUGUACGUGAACUGGGUGCGGAAGGGCGUCCUCGCGCGCAUGCCGCACAUGAGCCAGAAGGAAGUGCCCGCGGAGCAGACGACAGAGUACGAGGCGACCUUCGACGUGCUCUGGGCGCACGUCUACGAGGUGGACACGCUGCUGCCGCUCUACGCGUGCUGGAUGACCGAGGACAACAUCCGCCAGCUGAUCGCGAUCACGACCGUCGUGAAGCAGCAGAAGACGUCGAUGUCGACGAACAGCCCGCGCUACUUUGUGGACCUGGAAGCCAUGAUGGCGAUGAUACGCGCCAUACAGGGCGUGCAGCAAUCUAUCGCUGAUGCGCACAGGGCCCAGCAGCGGUCUGCAGGCGCGGACCCCUCGGUGCCGUAG